ACGAGGCGGUGGGAUGGAUAUGGAAUGCGUUUGUUGGAGGAGGAGGAGUGUGACUAAGUAAUUACGUGAGGAAAAAUCCUUGGAUCAGAUUUGGUUGAAUCGCGGACAGUGAAGGUGUAGCCUACGGAUAUUUGAAGUUUGCGAGACGAUACAGAAAUUCGGAACUUCUAAUGUAUUUAUAAAUAAGCUCUCUGUCACAAAAUGGGAAAAAGCGCAAGGAUCCUUCAUCCACCGGCUUCAUCAAUUAUACAGAAAUAGAGGAAUUUAAAGUGACUAUUUGUGAAGUCCUGCCUUAUCAUUUGAAACAAGAACUAGCAGAUGGCAAACUUUGGAUCAACACAAUUAUAUUGAUGUUCUUGGGAAAUCCUUAACAGACUAUCCAUAUUCAUUGCAUGAUGUAUACCGAGCAAGAAAAAAUGCUGCGAUAAAGUGAUAUACACUCAGAGGAAUCAAUUGAAGUAGCCUACCUAAUCUGUGUACCAGUUGGUUUAUGAUGUACUCUCCAACAAUCUGUCUUACUCAGGAUGAAUUUCAUCCCUUCAUUGAGGCACUUCUUCCUCAUGUCCGUGCAAUUGCCUACACAUGGUUCAACCUUCAGGCCAGAAAACGCAAGUACUUCAAGAAGCACGAGAAGCGAAUGUCCAAGGACGAAGAACGCGCGGUCAAAGACGAGCUCUUGAGCGAGAAGCCUGAAGUCAAGCAGAAAUGGGCAUCCAGGCUGUUGGCAAAACUCCGCAAAGACAUCCGUCAGGAGUAUCGUGAAGACUUUGUGCUCAGUGUUACUGGGAAGAAGCACCCGUGCUGCGUGCUCUCCAACCCAGACCAGAAGGGUAAAAUCCGCAGGAUCGACUGUCUGAGGCAAGCGGACAAGGUGUGGCGUCUGGACCUGGUCAUGGUCAUACUCUUCAAAGGCAUCCCUUUGGAAAGUACAGAUGGGGAGCGCCUCGUCAAGUCUCCACAUUGCACCAACCCAGCACUUUGCGUCCAGCCGCAUCACAUAACAGUGUCAGUCAAGGAGCUGGACUUGUUUCUAGCAUACUAUGUCCAGGACCAAGACUCACGGCAGUCAGGAAGUCCGAGUAACAAUGAGCCAGGCAAGAACCCUCCAGUUUACUUGGAAGACAGCUUCAUUAAAUCAGGAGUCUUCAGUGUUUCAGAGCUGGUGCGAGUCUCCAGAACUCCCAUCACCCAAGGAGCAGGGGUGAACUUCUCCAUGGCAGACAUGCCUAGUCAGCCGUACUACCAUGACCUGAACUCCAGCGUGGGGCUGCACCGCUCCCUCUCCUCCCCGCCUGGCAGCAAAAGGCCCAAGACGAUAAACAUUGAGGAGAGCAUGGAGACGAGUCCCCCAGGGCCAGACUUCUACUCCUCCCCCAGCUCUCCAGCCAGCGGCAGCAGAACCUGGCACGAGAGAGAGCAAGCAGACAUGUCUUCUCCCACCAUGAAGAAGCCCGAGAAGCCCCUCUUCAGCCCCACCUCCUCACAGGACUCCUCCCCCAGACUCAGCACUUUCUCCCAGCACCACCCCGGCCUAACAGGGGUAGGACACAGUGUUAUUUCGACCCGGAGUCCCCCUCCCCAUUCGCCUCUGCAGUUCUCUGCCUCUGCCAUUCUGCCCCCGGCCCCGGCCCCCUACUUCUCACACCCCACCAUCCGCUACCCGCCUCACCUCAACCCUGCCGACUCGCUCAAGAGCUACGUGCCACCGUACGACCCGUCCAGCCCGCAGAGCAGUCAGCCCACCAGCAGUGGCCAGGGGGGGGGGAAGGUCCCAGGUCACUUCACCCCAGUCCUGGCUCCCUCUCCUCACCAUGGAUCUGUGAGGCCUGUGUCUCUCUCCAUGCCAGAUACCAAGCCCAUCGCCACAUCAUCAGAAGGCUACUCAGCCCCAGGCACCCCGACAACCAAUCGUUUUGUUGGACUGAGCCCCAGAGACCCCGCCUUCCUGCAUCAACAACAGCUGAGGAUAUGUGACUGGACCAUGACUCAAAACGGCAGGCAUUAUGGCACCAGUGCCAGUGAGGAUACUUUGGGGAUUGCUUGGCAAAGUCCUGGUACCUGGGCGAGCUUAGUUCCAUUUCAAGUGUCGAACGGGACUCCGAUUCUACCAACAAAUGUCCAGAACUACAGCAUAAACAUCAUUGGUGAACCCAUUCUUCAUGCUGAGACAGGCAACUGAAGAACCCCACCUGGUGCAGCACACCGGGUACAAAACCAGCAGGCAACGCAAUCUUCCCUCCCUUCCCUUGGUCACCUAGCCCUGAGGGACUCUGGCCAAGAAGACUCCAGUGGGUUUGUCAGCAUCCUAUUCAGGUCUGCUUUAACCCCCUGCCCGUCAGAUGUUGUGUGUGAAGAACUUUUCGAUCCAUUCAAAUACUGUGAUGUAUCCUGUACAUUUUUUAGAUGCCUUAAUGUUUUUGCAUGACACUCUAGUAGUCUGUAGUGAUGGUUAUUUUCAUUUUCAUGUUGGUAGUUACAAGAUUUGGGGUUUACAAGCAGGUAAAUUGAUCUGCACACACAAUGGCUGCCUGGUCAAUGUUCUAAACUUGUCAAGUUUGACCUUAAACCUUCUUAAUAUCUGGUGCCGUUGGCAAACAAUUCACUUUGUAUCUAUAGGAGCAGAUCAUACAUUAUUGUGUUUUCACCUAAAUUUCAGUUUGUGAUAAAAAAAAGUGUUCAAAUGUUUUCAACUUGUUUAACCUGUACUGCUAUGUCCAAGGUUACCACAAACAACUACAGUAAAAGUUAGGAACUUGAUGCAGUUUUUAAACACUACAUUAGGUCAGGGAACCUUGACCUUCUUUCACAAGAAUUUGGGUCUCCUUUAAAAAAGGAUUUAAAAAGAUGAAAAAGUUAAUAUCUCGAAAGAGGCAAGUGCAAUUACAUUUUUGAAGGGAAGCUAUCAGUCUGUCAGCCCUAAGACUCUAAAGGAAGGGGGAUAAAUAUUUUAUAAGUAAACGUAAAAUGUUCAAAAAAGCAUUUUAAUUGAUUUUCAUUAACAUUUUUCGUUUUUAUAUAUAAAAAAGUCUAAAAUGCUGAAAUGUGAUAGAAGAUGAGCAUUGAGCUGCCUGUGCAUAACUGAGUACAAACCAGCACUUCUUUUGAGCCCUACUCUUCCUAAUGGGGAGAUUUUCCUAUUUAUUGUGAAAAUUUACAGAACAAAAGUUGAAAAAUGAAAACAAGUGUACAGAAAUGACUUUCUUUUAUGCGUUUUCACAAAUUAAGAAGAGAUACAUUUGGCCACCUUUACUAAGAUCAUGUUCAUGAUAAAGAAUAUAAGAAAGGCAAUAUGUUGAAAUAUUUACAGAACCUUUACCCUACAGCAACUGUAUAUAGACCUUCACUUGGUGCAGUCUGAAUGUCCAUUUUGCAUUUGUGCUACUUGAUAACCCAAGUCAUAGCCCCCUAUGGUGGCAUCCCCUAAAAUCUAGAAUUGUGCAUGGCAGGUCCAUAGCCAUCGCCUCUCAGACCAGAAAUAUGAAUAGAAUACAAUCUCUCCAAUACUGUUGAUUUGCACGAUGACAUAGUCUGCAAUUACGUGCCUUGCCUUUAAAUAUAGAAACAUCACUACUCUUGUUUUUGCUGCAUUUAUUAUCAUUACAGAAAAAAAAAUAUGAUAUGAACUUUUUGUACUCUGAAUGAAACGUGAUGUUGUUGAUUUUUAACAUAAUUUACUACUUUAUCUCACAGUUACAUUGCAUAUCAAGGUUGUGUAUAGUCGCCGCUCUAAAGUUUAUAAUCAACCAACAUCAUGUUUUCAGUAUUUUGGUGGAUUUUCUAAUAACCUUCCAUUUUUUGUUUUUCUAUUUUUGUCAUUUUUUUUAAUCUUCCAGUUACGUUUGAGGAGGGAGAGAUUCAGAUCUAUGAAAAUUAUGCAAUACCAAGUUUUGCCUAUGUAGGUAGUGCUUAUAGAUUUGUCAAUUAUUAGGAGCUAGUUUGGAGAUAGACCAUGUUGUAAUGCAUUUAUUUUGUUGAUGUUGUUGUUGCUAAUGAUGAUGAUGUUGUUGAUGGUGUUCUUUUUUUUUAUUGACCAAAGUGGGGACUGCUCUCUAUGCAGGAUAUGAUAAGGUCUUUUGUGUACUGAGUGAUGGAGUAUUUUUUUAUUCUUAGUUGGGUGCAGGGGCAUUUUUCUAUACUUACACCCUGUCUGUAAACACUGCACCAGGGGUCUUGUGAGACUGCAAAGUCACUGUUCUGUCUACUGUGACACAGGUAUCUUCAUUUAAAACUUCCCACGGAGGGUGCUAGCUUGUGACAUUGAAGGACCUCAUUUUCAUAGGAGAGAGGGCUUGACUUGAGCGUGACAAUCAUUUAUACAUUUCUUCUGCUAAGAAAAUGUUCACCUUAAUGAGAAAUUCGAAUUCGUACUGCCGAACUGCAAUUGCAAAAGGAACUCAAACCGCAAUUAUGGAAAGCCAUGUUGGAUUGCCACUGUAUACAGCAAUCUCAGAGCAUAAAUCCUACACACAAUACUGUGCCAUCCAAUAUUAAGCUACUGUAUUCAAUUCCCAAGUAAAUGCCUUAAAAAUCUCUAAUUAAGUGACCUGUAGAAUAUGCACUACAAUCAAUAUAAGCAUAUGACACCUGUUCCAGUCCUCUUAAUAAGCUUGGUUCCAGCAAGCCUUCACUUAUUAUUUGUAAUUGUAUGUAUAUAUGCACUAGUUUCGUCACUUCCAGGGACAUCAUUCCCCUUUUGAGUGGUUUAGAAUGGAGCCUUGUAUGUUAUGUUAAAAGCUGUGGCACAGAGAACAUCUAUUUUCUUCAUGCAGCAUUAUGUUCAGAUAUAACUAAUCAGUAAAAUGGGAAUACAUCAAUGUCACACCCUAAUGCCAUAUUGAAUUACAAGCAUUGUUGCUAUAAUACGAGUCAGGAAUCAUGAAAGUAGAUGGGGAGGGUGAGUGUAUGAAGAGCUCGCUGUUAAUGUGGCUUUCCUGCAUGAGCGCAACCUCACUUUCUCAUCGGGACUCUACCAACACAAGAGCAACCUUAUAGCAACUCAGCAUUUAAAAUGUUCCUGUUUUCGGAAUCAAGCCCUGUCUGUAAUCCCAACCUUCGCCAUGUGAACUCACGCCUUAACUCUACCUGUAGUACAUGUGCACCUGUAAAUGCAGACCAUUUCUCUUAUGCAUUUCGCCUACUUGGAGAAUACCAGUCAUUCGUUGAUAUUCAACGUUCAUGAGAUCUAGACAUGCAACCUAAUUACAAUUUUGACAUGUAACAUAAUUGCAUUGGUACCGCGAUGUAGACAUUGACCAGUAUUGCCAACUGAAAAACUUCUGUGAGAAUGUGCUUGAUCUUUGAAAUGUGAUCGGGCUGCAAUCUCAAAAGGCCUAUGAAAAUACAAUUACAUUAGAACAAACUAAUAGCACUUAACACAUAGGCAUUCGUCUUCAAACAUUUUGUUUAAAAUAUAACAAGAUAAUCUAAAAGGAACAUAAAAUAAAAUAAAAUGAAUCAAAGACCAUAUUCAAUCAAUUUAUAGUACUCCUACAUAGCACUAAAAAAAGUAGUACUUUUCUGAUUAAAACAGAGACCAAUCGGCAUUGCACAUAUUACAUUUUGCACUCAAUGCCAACAAUUGUGAAAGUUCAAACACCCUCUUAUGCUUUGAGAAAGCAGAAAGUUGAAAUAACUCAAGUCAAGCUUAAUCUCUCCUCCUUCAUCCAAGAUGCCUGUUAUAACAAAAACAAAACAAACAUUUAAAGUCACCCUGUUCUAUGUGCACUGUUCUGUGUUUUAUUUUUAUUUUAUUGUAUUCUUAUUUGUUUGCUAGUUUUUUGUGCUUUGCCGCCUCUAGUUGAUUGGAGACACCACAAAUUAGCAUUUUGUCCCUGCGUACAACUGUAUGUGUCAGGGUUGUUGUGGUGGUUGUGUUGAUAUUUAGGGGAGGUGACUGUAUAUAAAGGUGAAUAUCAUGACAGCAUUAAAAGCUGGAGUCAUCUGGGUUAAAAUCUGUAUUGGCAGCUCUUGAGUUGUGAGUGUUUGUGAUAUUGUGAACGUUUUCUGUAAGCAGGAAUGUAUGAGAGAGAUAGAAUGACUCUGACACUAAACAAUAAGCGAUGAUGAGGGUCUUUCAAACAAAAAAUCUGCCUUAGGACAGGAGUUUGUACACUGUAAACUUUUUACUUUAAUUUUUCUCUGAAAACCCUUGUUUGUAAAACUUUACGUAUUGGGAAACAUGAGUUCCAUUUAAAGAUAAAACAUAUUUUCUUUUGGAACCUAGAUUUGAGUUACAACUCUCCAGGUAUACCCAAAAUAAUAGAGUCAAAGUAUUUAAUAAAUUUUCCAUAAUUCUGUCUGUACUAAGUGAAAGUAUCCUAUACAGAGCAGCCAAUAUGAAACAUAAUAAUGAAGGGUAAUGCUUGUAAAAUUGUAUUUAGCACUUAAAUUUACAGUUUGUAAACAUUUCAUGACUAUAAGAAUUUUUGGUAAUCAUAGAGUGAAAUGUGAUUCAAGAUUUUCAAAAUCUAAAAUGUCCAAGAUAGGUUUGAUUGUGUGCUAGACCAGACAGUAAGGGAUAUCCAUAUGUAGUUAUGGAGUUAACCAGGGUAAUCUACAUUCUACUAUGUAUGUAGACGUAUUGUUAACUGACAAAGUCGUCCAGAGUAAGGAUGUGUGGGGUUCAGAUUUGAGCAAAAACAAUCGCUACAAUGGCGCUACCCAUUGCACAAUGUUUAGAUUUGAGAUUGGAUCGCUAGUGUAACUGAGCGCUAGUGAUUCAGCUCAAAAGGAUUUUAGGUACAAAAUCCUCGAACACUGAGCUAAGGAGGGCAUUCCACACUUGGUUUCUCAGUGACCCGGAGGUGUCACUGAUUCUGCACUUUCCACAACCUAGUUCAGUUGUCUGCCAGACAGAGCCUCUGUUGAAUAAAAUCUGCCAUAUACUUUCUACGGCAGGCUUCUAUGGCAAGGAGAAAUAAUAUGCUUGGUGUGGGUACUAGGAGAUGGGAGCCCCUUGUAAGAUUCAGGGACCUCCUGAAUCUCACAGUUCCAGUAGAAUACAUAAUAAGUGUGCCUGAAUUCAGACAGAUCAAGCUUUUGCAAUUCUCUUAAUUUAGCCCUGAAGCUAGGUUCCAGUGUUCUAGCUUUCUGUUCUAUCAGUUUGUGUAACAUAUAUUUUGGAGGAUAUUGUUUCUUUUUAAAGAUCUCAUUUAUUUUACGGUUUGUACUUGGGUAAAACACUUUUUGUUGAAUUACAUGCAUUUACAGUAUAGACUUGUUGUCAGUUGUGUCUGUCAAGACACCAACAAAAAUCUUCAUAUGCAAGGAGAACCUGUGGCACUCAUGCAAUAUCCAUGUGGCUCUUCUGAUUACACUUUAAUUUACAUUGAUAUUCAUUCAUUAGUAACUACAUAGUAAAUCUUGUGUUUAUAACAUUUUAGUCAAACCUGCUAUGUAAUUGUGUUUAACAACCUUAGGUUAGUACCAUAGUGGAACAAGGUGAAGUGGUUUGCUCAUCAGGAGUUGGUGGAUAUGGGAUAAGCCAAAACCGUACUAAUAUAAACACCCCAUAACACCUUGUUCCACAUUUAAUAACCUACACCACUCAACUGAAUAGCAUGUUAUUACAUAGGCGUUUUAUGUAACUAUACUGUACAACUGCAUUGCAAAAGGUAGUUUUCAGCAUCCUUUUUUCCUGAAUGUUUAGCGAUGUGUAGGUUGGAGAAAAAAGAAAAACAUAUUAGCUUUUCGGGAGUUUUAGUUCUACACAAGCAACACAUACAGUAUAUAUCAGGUUGUUGUAAACAACAACAAAAAAGCCAGCAUUUUAUGUAUUAUUCCCCAAAAUAAGACAAAAAUAUAUGUAUACAGUGCCUACUUGAGCUCACUAUUUUAGUGAGUGUCUUGUAAAUAGUGGGACUUUCAUCCCAGGCAAAAGAAUAACAACAAAACAGAAUGUGACGGACGACCUCUUCCUAAUCUCUGAUCUUCUUUAGGGUUUGAUUCUUUGUUAUUUUUCUUGUUUGGGUUGAAAUGUGUUUUCUUAAGAAUGUUUGUUUGUGCUUUGUCCAUUUUAGAGCUCUUCGUCAGAGUGCACACAUGUCAUACUUGUUCUAUGAGGGACAAAUGUGUAGAUUUGAUCAAAAGUGUGUUUCUUUGAAUUUUCAAGACUACAUUUAGUAACAACAGUAGUAACAGGUAUUGUUAUUAUAAAAAUAAUGCUCAACGACUUGCAGGUUUGUUUUCUAUUGAGUCUUGUGGCACUUUUACUUCUUCUUGGCAAACGUUGUGCCCAGUAAAGGUGAAUCACAUCUUAGUGAAUAACCAGAACAACAUCAACAACAACAACACCAGCAUAACAACACAGUAUGUAAUCAGUCUCCGUAGUGAUUGUAGUUUAUCAGCAAACGUGUGCAAAGGUCUAUGUAUGUAUCUGAAUGUACGUUUAGAGACGUUUGUUUAUAUCUUUUUAUUUACAGUUUAGGAGCCACAGGGAUCCAUUGAGAACUGUAUAGUGAAGGCUGUUAUCCUUUCUUUUAAUUGAUUUAGAAACAUAUGCUGUAGUCAAUGCCUUCAAGCCGGUUACAUUUGGUGCAGGGGCAAAAAAUGCCACAAGAUUAGAAUCAGUGUAAAUAAAGGCUCAACAUUUUCGUGAUUGUUACUGUUAUAUCCAGCCUAUACUGCUAGCAGCUGUUUUUACUGCAGUCAAUUACUGGAAGUGGAUAUAUUUCCUAUGCAAAACUGUUUAAACAAUAAAAUGAGCUAUGCUAAACAA